AUGUGCUUCCAGGGGUUCGCCCACCACUCCUGCGGCUGCACGAAGCUGUUCGAGGAGGAGUGCGACUAUGCCAAGGAGCUGGAGACGGCGCCCUUCUACCUCAAGGUCGCCUGUCCCAACUACGCCGUUGCGCGCAGAUACCCACCCUUUGAAUGCGGCAAGGGCGGCCUCUACUGCGAGAACACCCCAGACGCAACCUAUCUCGACCAAGUUUUCGACUUCAAAACCAAGCUCGAGACGGAGGCUAUGGCCACAGACAAGUACAUCAACGAGUACAUCCAUCCUCGUCGGAAGAUAGUCCUGGACACUCUCGAAAAGCAGUAUUUCGGCGAUAUGGCGAAGAUCAAGCAGGCGUACACGAGCAAUGCAGUCUUCGCCGACCUCGAUCAAAAGUGGACUAUUGCGCUACAUAAGAAGGCAGAUCUCACGGACAAGAUCGCGGCCAUGAACAGCAUCUUGCGCUAUGCGCGGGAGUUCUACUUACUCCAGCGACAGUUACCUGGCUACACUCCAGCAAGCAUGCCGGUUCUACCUGAUUAUCUCAAGAACUUCAGGGUUGAGGCUCCACGCCCGGCGCCAAUUCAGCCGCCUUCUGCUAACAUGAUAACUCCUCUAUCGGCGCUGCAAGCGGGCGUGGCCGUGGCCGUGGGCAUGGGCCUUGCCAUUGGUACUCAUAGUGGUAUCCUUCAACCACAGCCGAUCAGACCGCAGUCUCUUCCAGGUCCUGACCCGUUUGGACCUACUACUGCCGGCGUGCAGGUCGAGCAGAAAAAGCUGCAGCCAUCACUUCAAGCUCCUGCGGUCAAGGAAUCUCCUCGCAAGCGUAGAAGACCUGCGAAGAAAGCCAAGGCUGCCGAAAACACCGCCGAAGACGCUUCUCCAGACCUACGCCGUAGCACUCGCGUUCGAGGAAAGAAAGUCGACUACAACGAGACUUCUGACGAUUUGGAGUCAGCUGCUUCGUCACCAGAGAAGUCGGACGUCUCGGCCUACUCGCCUUCCAAAUCAGACGUCUCCGAUCAAGGAGUCAAGCCAUCUCGUGGAAGCAGCUCACUGCGUGACAUGAUUGGAGAGUACCAGAAGCAGUCAGGAAACGUAUCGACUCCCACGAGACGCCCGCCAUCACAGGGUCAAACUGGCAGUGCAUCUUCUCAGAAUCGUGGCCUUCUUGACAAUGUGCCACAAAUCCGUGUCGACAGCCCACGCAGCGACACACCCGACACAGACAUUCUUCAACCCGACGAUCCCAGAUAUGACGGCGGUAUGCAAGCGCCGACGGAGAAAAUCAACCACAACUCAGCAUUUGCACCAUCCGCAUUUCGUCCAUUGCCGAAUGGUAACCCGGACCCAGCCCUGUUGGCUUUCCAGCAAGCAUAUCAGCAAACUCGUGUGUCGGCCGGCAACAACCUCAACACCUCACAGGGCAUCAUCAACGACCUCCGCCGCCUCGCGAACCCACAUACCAGCCGCUCUCCAUCCCAACGUGACCACAGCAUGCCACCAGCAACCAUCAGCCCCCCAAAACUCGUCCAAUACAACAUCCCGACCGACCCAGCCGAACCACGAAAACGACCCAUCCCAGCCUCAAGCCCCAUCCUCCCCUCAAAUAAGCGCGUCGAGCUCUCCUUCCCCUCAAGCUACACCACACCCACAUACUACAACCAAAACCCCGCCGCCACCAGUGUCUCGAUGUCCUCGCCCCAGAAACCAACCUACAUGCACCGCCAAGACAGCGGCAUGGGCUACCUCAGUCCACCGAAAGCGAAAAACAUGGGCCCGCCACCACCACCGAUCUUCAUACCGACCACCAAUCAGACAUUCAAGCCCUCUGGCCUUAGCCAGGUUAGUCCGGUGCAGGACGUCUUCUCUUUCAGCAGCGCGACCGCACCAGCCGGGGAUUUGCUCCCCACGGCGACGGAAGGCGGUGGUGAUGUGGAGGACUCCGACUUCGACUGGGCCCUCCUCGGCGACGGCAGUAAGUUUUAG